AUGGAUAAGUCUGAUAUAUCAGAUAAGUCGGAUAAGAUCGAGAAUAUUAAAUAGGAUUCUCCAAGAUUAAUUGAAGCACUAAGAUAAAAAAAUUGGAAGUUAAUUGAUGUAUAAAAUAUUACAAUAGAAUAAUUGAAACUAGAACCUAAAUAUUCUCAAUAUGAUGAUAACAUCUUAUAACACUUAUGCACUUAAUUAUAGGAAUAGAGAGAUAUUAAGUCUAAGAUUGUUUUGACAAUUAGAUAGAAGAUCAUGGAAGAAGAGAAAAAUAAUAGUGAAUUAAGAAGAAUGUAAAAAAAAUAAUCAGAUAUUUUAACUGUAGAAAUGCAGGAUUAAAUGAAAAAGAAAAAAUUAAACCACAUUAAUUUGUAAAUGGAGUAUGACGUUAAAUUAACUUAGCUGUAUAAAAUGUUGAGUGAAAAAGAGUCAUCUUUCAAAGAACAAGAAUUUAAAUUAUAAAAUUAAGCAAUAGAGUAAUAAAGAGAGAAUCAACUUUUAAAAGAGCAACGAGAAUUUCAUCUUGAAUAUUAGGAGUUUUUGAGGUAGUAAAAAGCAAAAGAAGAAGAAUAUUAGAAUAAGGUUAAAAGCGGAUAAUUCAUGACAGAAGCAGAGUAUAAGCAAAAGGUUAAAGAUUUCGAUAGGUUGAAGUUAUAGAAGGAGUAGCAAAAAUAAUAAAUUAAGGAAGAAAGGGAAAAAUAAUAGCAAGAGAGAAUGCAGAUGAUGGAAAAAGUUUAUGAAGAGAAAAUUAAAAAAAUGGUUGCAAAGGAAAUAAUUCGCUAAAAGUUAAUUGUUAAAGAAAGAGCACUUCAUAAUUAAUAGCUUUUAGAAAAAUAAGAGAAACUAUAAUAAAGAAUCAAUGAAAAUAAAAAGAGACUAUCCAAACAAAAUUUGGAAGAAUAAAAAAUGAAUGAAAGAAAAUAAAUAGAAGCUAAAUCAAGAUUAGAGGCUAUGAAAUAAGAAAUUGAAUUUAUGAACAAACAAAAGAAAAAGAAGUUUGAAAAAAAAUAAAAAUAAAAAGAGAUAUAUAAAAAAGUAAAUGAGAGAAUAUAAGAAGAGAAAAGAUAAUAGCUUCUUGACAAAUUUAAACAAAUUGAAGAAAAAUUAGAGAUCCAUUAAUUUUAUAAAGAAAUGGACUUUUAGGAUUAAGAAAAAUUCAGAGAAUUUACAGAAAUUGCCAGAAUGAAAGUAUUAAGAUUAACUGAUGAAAAACUAAUCGAAAAAACUAUUUAUAUACAGCAAAGAAUGAAAGCGUAAGAAGAAAAAGCUAGGUAAGUGUUGCAUUAAUUUGAAAUUGAAGAAAAGGAGAAAAAAUUUGAAAAUAUUAUUAGAAAAAUAGAUUAAGAAGAAAAUUAUAUUAUCUAAUAAAGAAAGAGAGAAGUAGAAAAAGAAUUUAUUAUGAACAAAAUUCAAUAGAAAAAAAAGAAAAAUGAAUCACUAAUUAAAUAAAAAUAAGAAAUGGAAUAGAAUGGUGUUAAAAAUAGGAAAAUGAACCUAUUGAAAAAGGAAGAGAUGAAGAUUAAAUUCCAAGAAGAGAUGAAAAAGGAGUUAAAAUAAAAAUAAGAAAACUAAUUGAAAUAUUAAAGUGUAAAUCAAGUUCCUCUAUUAAAUAUCAAAACCAAAGAAGAAUUUAUUAUUGAAGAAAGAAUUAAGUUAAAUGUUGAAAUUAAUAAGGUAAUCCUUUUAAUUUAAAUUGAAGUUACUUGAUGAAGAACAAGAGAAAGAAUAAAAAAGAAUGGAAAUGUUAAAAAAUGCCAAAGGAAUCGAAAUAGAUUAGCUGUAGGCAUAGUUUAAAAUUGAGAAAGAAUAAUUUGAUAUAUUGAUUGAAAACACAAGAACACUUCAUCGGGAAUUAUCACACGAAAGAUUAUAAUUGAAUUCAUUUUGA